CAGUGAUUGUACACUGCAGCGUGCUUCACAUUCAUUCGGCCUCAGUGCGCGAGACAGAUAUCUGCUGUGGAGUGCUGUGAUUGUGUCUGACGGCUCACUGUUGCACUUGUACCAUGGCAGCCGAGCUCUCCUCCUCCAUUAACAUUAAAGAACCUCGAUGGGAUCAGGAAACAUUUGUGGGUCGAGCAAAGCAUUUCUUCACUGUCACUGACCCCAGAAAUAUCCUCCUUUCAAACGAACAACUAGAAAAAGCACGUCAGAUUAUUCAGGAUUACAGAAAAGGGGUGGUAACGCCAGGUCUCACAGAAGAUGAUCUUUGGCGGGCAAAGUAUAUUUUUGACUCUGCGUUCCAUCCGGACACGGGCGAGAAAAUGCUCCUGAUUGGUCGCAUGUCUGCUCAGGUCCCUAUGAACAUGACCAUCACUGGAUGCAUGAUGACGUUCUACAGGACGACUCCAGCUGUUCUGUUUUGGCAGUGGAUCAAUCAGUCUUUUAAUGCAAUAGUCAACUACACCAACAGGAGUGGAGAUGCCCCCAUCACAGUAAACCAACUUGGCACAGCAUAUGUAUCAGCCACCACAGGGGCGGUGGCGACGGCUUUAGGACUAAACGCAUUAGCAAAGCAUGUUUCUCCACUCAUAGGCCGCUUUGUGCCAUUCGCUGCUGUAGCCGCUGCAAACUGUAUCAAUAUUCCUCUGAUGAGACAACGGGAACUCAAACACGGCAUUCCAGUAACAGAUGAGAAUGACAAUCGAUUAGGAGAAUCUUCAAAGGCAGCUCAACAGGCCAUCACACAAGUGGUAGUGUCCAGAAUCCUCAUGGCCUCUCCGGGAAUGGCCAUCCCUCCAUUUUUAAUGAACUCCUUGGAAAAGAAGGCCUUCCUCAAGAGGUUUCCAUGGAUGAGUGCACCCAUUCAAGUUGGCUUGGUUGGAUUUUGCCUUGUGUUUGCAACUCCACUGUGCUGUGCAUUAUUUCCACAAAAGAGCUCAAUGGCGUUGAGUCGCUUGGAACCAGAGUUGCAGGAAAAGAUUCGAGCCAGUCAUCCUGGAGUAGAGAGGGUCUAUUUCAACAAAGGACUGUGAGACAAAAGUCAGUGAAUCUCCACUUUACUGGAACUGUUUCACUCACCAUGAAUCCAGAACAUCUCUUCUGUGUUCCAAAGUUCACCCAUUCCUCUCCAGGACAUCCCAGCUCAGUCAUUUUGGAAGGUGUUUUGACAUUUUCGACUGUUUUAAUUGUUUUUAAACUAAAUGCAUUUUGUCAUAGCUGAUCUGUGCCAGUCUUUUGUCAGACAUGUGUAUGACGGUGCUUAUUAAUUUACAUACGAGUAGUUUGUUUUGAAAUUUGCAAUUGUAAUUGUGCGUGCUGCCACAUUAUUCCAUGUGCCAUUCAAUGUCGUUUUCGGUAAGGAUCAAAGAUGGCAGAUUAUGUUCUUUCUGAUAGUAUUUAUUGCAUUGUUGUAAACAGUAUUUCAUGUAUUAUCUUUUCAUGAGGGUUGCUGUUUAUACAGAACUGCCAAAUUUCAAAUUCAGUUUUAAGAAAAGUCAUGGGACCUCAUUAUGUCAAUAGUGCAAUCAGUUUCAAACAUUGCCAAAUACAGACCUAUGCUGCACAUUUCCUUAGAUGCAGGUUUAAUAAACAGACACUGUAGCAUGGAUUUAAUGAAGAGUUUUAUCUAUUUUACUAUGCUCAGUAUUUCGAGUUCAAUCCCUUAGAUGUUAUAUGAGAUAUGUUGAGUAGUGUGUAUUUUCAUAUAAUUUCUUCUGCCUGCCUACCAUGCAAGAACAAACUUUUUGUAAGUGAAAAUAGUAUGAGGUUAAAGUUCAAAGUGUUGGUAUUGACUGUUCCAAAGUCCACUCCUCUAACAGUUCAAAUGAUGGAAACACCUAUUUUUAUUUUUUUCAGUCUGAACUCAUUAGAGCGAUACUUGAAUAGAAAACAGUACCUGUUAUCCUCCAAGACCAUUUUAUUUUAGCCUCAAAACCUUCUUUUCAUGUACCAUAUUUUCAUCUUCAGUGUUUUAUGUUACUAUCUUUUUUAAGGUAUUCACAUGCAAGUCUACAUAAAAUUAACUAGAACAAUCAAACAAUAUAAUAACUAAUGGAACUGCUUGAUGGUUUCACUGUCUGAGCAUUUCCUUAUAAAUCCAGUCCUGCUGGUUUGCCAAUUCAGUUUUAAAAAAUACGAUUUUUUUUUUUUUUUACUUUAUGUUUAAUGGACAAAGUAUCCAUGUGUUGCUGUUAAUGUGAAACCUAGAAACUGUACUGAGAAAGCAUGACAGCUCCCAUUCCCUGUGUGUUAACCAGAUUGACCUUCAUUGUUGUGAAACUAUGAACGACAUUUCUUGUUCAAGAGCCUCUGAAGGUUUUCCAAUGAUCUUUCAAUUCCAUAGUUGAAGUAUCACACAUCUCUGUGGAAGAUGAUGAAUAGGGAACAUCUUUUGUCAUUUCUAAUGUAUUGAAAAUGAUUUUUGGGACAAUUUUGUAUGGACGGGUCCCUUCUCCCCUAAAUCCAAUGAGUAUGUUAUCACAGAGGCAUCUCAAGGCACAUAGUGCUCAGAUCAGUCCUGUUCUAAUUUGAAUCUGUGAUACUUGUGGAUCUUGAAUCAAUCAAACAUAACUGACUUAGUUGCUCAAGGCAUCACAACAGCAUUGGGGCCAUGAGGAUCUUUAGACAAGAAUACAGCAGAUCUCUUUUUUUAAACACCUUUAGGAGGUAGUUUAGAUUAAUUUUUAAAUUAGAUAUCAAGUAAAAUACUAGAAUACAUUCCCUUGUGUACUGAACACAUCAUAACACUGUUUUAUUCCCUAAUCGCAUUAUAUGAAAUAAAUUAUGCAUCAAGACAUCUGCAUACUUGGAACACGAAAAAAAUGAGAAUACUCGAGAUGGCAGGGGUGAUUUACUGGUCCACUCUUAAAAUGAAUGAGAUGGGUGUAAGGUUUACAAGAUCAAUAAUUUAAAGUGGGUAUUUUUAUUUUACAGUGUGGGGGAUAUUGUACUGUGUAAAUUACCUAAAUAAAAUAAAGAGUAUUACAAAGCAA